GCCAUCCAUUCCUCUUUAUUUCUUCUUCACUUUUCACUUAUUAUUAUUCCCCCUCCAUUUAUGAAUGAGACAGAAUUACCUUCUUUUCUAUCGUACUUAACUCCAGAUUUUCUCUUCCAAAUUCCAUCAGCAAGAAAAUAAAGAACUUCCUAGGCAAUCAAUCUCCAAAACACUCAUAACCCCCCUUUUUUAAUUUUCUGUUAAGUCUCUUCAUUGCAUAGGGCACCAAUAGGUCUUUUCUUCCCCAACAAACAAACAAAAUCCCAUUCCUUUAUGAUCAUAUCACCUCUUUCUCUUCACAAUCUCGUCAAGAUUUUGAUUCCAAUAAAAAAUUUCUAAUCUUUUCUUAUUAGGGCAUCUCUUCUUUCACUUCUAUUUUUGUCAUUGAUCAUCGUAUUUCAAUCGCUCUGCAGUCUUGUUUGCGAAUACCAAAGCCAAGCCAUGAAGGUCCAUCCUUUACCCAAGAAGCGAAACAACAUCACAAUCGGAUACCACAACCACAUAUCGGCAAACCCAUCUUCGGUUGGGUCCAACAAGAAGCUCCGGAGGCUACCCCACAUCUUUAGCCGGAUCCUAGAGUUGCCAUUCCGGUCGGAUGCGGAGGUGUCGAUUGAGGAGAGUGAUGACUGCUUCCGAUUUGUGGCGGAGACGGAGUACAUCGGCAGGGAUGUGAGGGCUCAGGCUAUUGAAAUUCAUCCUGGGGUCACGAAAGUGGUGGUGAGGCCUAAUGGGUACGUUGAAUUCUCAUUGAUUGAUGAUCUUGAAUUGGAUAUGUGGCGGUUCAGGCUGCCGGAUAGUACCCGGCCGGAGCUGGCUAGUGCGGAGUGGGCAGAUGGAGAGCUGAUAUUGACUGUGCCAAAAGGAAAGUAAGAUGGGAAUGGGGAGGAGGCAGUGGAGGUUUGGGGAGAUGGUGGUGAUGGAGCAUAUAGAGGAGGUAUGGGAAAUACUAGGCUUGUGCUUGUACAGUGAUGAUGAUGAUAACACAGCUGCUUUCCCCCCCUUUGAAUGGAUGUCAUUAUGGAUUUUUAAUUUUCAAGUCAGUUGUUGUUUUGUUAGUGCCUUAAUGGUAAUGGGGAUUAACCCCUUUUGUAUGCUUGUUUUUCUUGGAAUCUCAAGAAAUCAAGGACUUAUUUUAAAUGAUCAUCUUAGCAUUUAGCCAUUUAGAGGAAUUCUGGAAAACUGUUUCUUCAAACCUUCUUGUGUAGGUUUUAUCAGAUUGAAAGUCACACCAGUUACAUGCACAGGACUCUCGCAUUGGUGGUGAGUUCUUCCCAUGGACAUACUCAGCCUUAACCCUGCAUUUGGGGUGUAGGUUUUAUUGGGAUUAAUUGGCUAUCUUCUCUGGAGUGACAUCAAUUGAAGGUUGUUGCUUGUUAGGAUAGUGAUUUUAAAUAACUUAUAAGGUGCAUGCUUUCGGUUGUCAGAAAGACUUGAAUAUUGUGGUUCUUCUCGAGUAUUAGCAUGUAGUUCGUGGGCGGUGGAUUAAUGUUGUUUUGCUAUUUGUGGUUGGCUGAAAAUUCUGUCGUAGGAAGGUCAAUACACAAGACAGGGAAUUAUUUGUUUCUUUUCUCUGCAACACGUUACUGGGAUGCUUUUAUGUUGUUCAGCCUUAAACCUGAACCGAAGGCAUUAUUUAUGCACGGAGAAUCACUUUCCGGUUUAAGAAUAUAUGCUUUUGGGGUCA